UGCUACUUACAAUGUAUUCAAACGUACUCUUCGUGGUCAUAAGUUACUAUAUCCACUCUUCCCUCGCUGGAACAGUUUCCACCGAACUUUUAUCGAAGCUAAAAAAUGGCGAGAAGGUAAACGCAAUUCUCGAACUUCCCUCCGUUUUUGACAAAGUUAUGAGCAAUCCUGCCUUGUCGUUAUUGAGUGGAAAUGGGAAAUCAAACAUGAUGGAGAUUUUGAUGAAGCAAGCUACGUCAUCUAGUCAGGCACCUUUGUUAUCAGCCAUCAAAGGGUUUGGAAUUUCCGCAACUCCAUUCUGGAUCACCAACGACAUCUGUCUGAAUAACGUUGACUUGAAAGCCGUUCAGUCGCUUGGAGCACUUCCUGGAGUAUUCAAUAUCCGAGAAGAGCUCAUUCCAUUACUGGAUCCUGUAGUUGUUCAACCUGCUCGAACCAAACGGGUAGCCUUCGAUGAAUACACAAAGAAAUAUCCGCAUUGGGGCGUAAACAAAAUAGAGGCCCCAGCCGCCUGGUCCAAAACCAAGGGGGAAAACGUCAUCGUCGCAAUCAUCGAUUCUGGGGUUUUCCUAGAACACGAAGCAUUGAAGGAUGGAUACGCAGGGUGGUUUGACGCCGUUGAAAAUGCAACAAAUCCAAUCGAUUCGACUGCUCAUGGAUCCCACGCGCUAGGCACAAUACUAGGCCGAACUAACAAUAUCGGUGUUGCCCCUCGUGCUAAAUGGAUUGCCUGCCGAGCCUUUAAUAAAGACGGUGGUCAAGAGCGUUGGAUAAAGUCAUGCGCCCAAUGGGUUUUUCAACAAAGGCCACGCGUCGUCAGCAACAGUUGGGGUACUGCUAGUCGAAGCUCAACUGGUUAUGACGACAUGAUUCGAACCUGGCGGGCGGCCAAUAUCAUUCCUGUGUUCAGUAGUGGUAAUUUGGGUGGAAAUUGUAGCUCUAUCCGCUACCCAGGAAACUAUGCCGAUGUCAUUUCCGUCGGAUCUACAACCAAGAGUGAUGCCAUCUCCGGAUUCAGCUCUCGUGGGCCUUCUACCAGGACGCCGAUGAAUAAGCCAGAUAUUUCCGCUCCAGGAGAAUGGAUUAUUUCUGUUGGCCAGGACGAUACGAAGGACUACACAGCUAUGUCCGGAACAAGCAUGGCUUGUCCACAUGUCGCUGGUGUCGUUGCUCUUCUCUUAUCUGCCAACCCUACCUGGAAAUAUGAUGAUGUUUUGGCCGCCUUGACCAGGACUGCGGAUCGACCAUCGGUCACAACGAAAUGUGGUGAAACACCUGUUAACGGCUAUCCCAAUUACGCUUAUGGCUAUGGGCGAGUCAAUGCGAAAAGGGCAGUUGGAUUAUAACCUACGUAACUUGAGGAAAUGUAUAAAUAUUCACCGACUUGUUCUUAGACCCAUAUAGUUGUAUCACUGAAAUCUGUACUUCAUCCGACCAGUGCAAUUCAAUCAUUUUGUUAAAAUUUUCCAUUCCAAUAAAAUAAUCGUAUUUAUA